ACCCUAAAUAUGAAAGGAGUAAUGAAAGACACUAAGUUCGGCUCCAUUCUCCAGAGCGAGGCCCUCACUCAGUAUAUUCAGAAAACAAGUGCUUAUCCCAGAGAACAUGAACAACUCAAAGAUCUCAGAAAUGCUACCGUCGACAAAUAUAAAUCUCGGAGUCUCAUGAAUGUGCCGGCUGAUGAAGGCCAGUUUAUUUCUAUGCUUCUAAAAAUUAUGAAUGCGAAGACGACUAUUGAACUUGGAGUUUUUACUGGUUACUCACUUCUCGCAACAGCUCUUGCUCUUGAAGACGAUGGCCAGAUAAUCGCGAUCGACCCGGAUAGGGAAGCCUACGAAACUGGAUUGCCGUUUAUUGAAAAGGCAAACAUGACUCACAAAAUUGAGUUCAUCCAGUCUGAUGGUAUGAGUGUCUUGAAGGACCUCCUCUCCAAGGGUUUGGAAGGGACAUUUGAUUUUGCUUUUGUAGAUGCGGACAAACCGAACUACAUCAACUACCACGAGCAAUUAGUGAAGCUGGUUAAGGUGGGAGGAAUUAUAGCCUACGACAACACCCUGUGGUCCGGCAUGGUCGCGGCGGAGGAAGACGAGAUUCCUGUGUACAUGAGGAGCGCGAGAGGGCAUAUCAUGACUCUCAACUCAUUUCUAGCCGUUGAUUCCCGCAUUGAAUUGGCCCACCUUUCAAUCGGAGAUGGCCUCACUCUGUGCAGGCGUCUCACCUCAUCAUUUCCCUAAUUCCCUUCCCUUUUUAAUUAAUAAUUUAAUAAAUCAUGUGUCAUUAUCGUUUCAUUAUGUUGCUUUAUCGGUUGGUUUGGCAUUGAUGAGAACUGAAUUCUGGUUUGAUUUUCCA